AUGCAGUCACUUUGCAAUGCCUGCGGUAUUCAGCAGUGGAAGGCGAGACGGGCCAUGGCAAAAGCUACAGCCGCUGCAAAUGGUUUAGUAGUUGCGGCGGCCGACAUAUCUUCGACGAAGAGGAAGGUACUGCACAACAAGGAAAAGAAAUUGCGUACAAGUUUAAGCCAUGUUGCACAACACAAGAAUAAGUGCAAGCUUGCUGCAGCCGACUCUUCAGCUCACAACGAUAGGAAGCUUUCUUUCAAGGAUUUAGCUCUAAGUUUGAGAAACAACUCAGCUUUUGGCCGAGUAUUCCCACAGGAUGAGGCAAAAGCAGCAAUCUUGCUAAUGGAGCUGUCUUGUGGCCUUGUUCACAGUUGAACUUUCCAUCUACUUUAUUUCAUUUUUUAGGCAGUUUAAUUUGUUAGUUAAUCUUAUUAUGUGCGUCUG